AUGCAGAAAGAACUUUUUCAAAUCCUGGCACUUUCUGGUUUAUUGACUCUGGCAUUUUUUGUUGGGUUUUUUCUUUACAGCAAAGAUGACACUUUUUUUGUUAACUUGUAUCAUGAAGCAGAAAGAAAUCACUCACUUGUCUUGAUGGCAGAAGAACGCAUACAAGAACUGGUGAAAAUGAAGAUUGACCAAAUGCUGAUACACAGACAAAACCCUACCAACAAGCCUUUGGUACCUUGCCCUGACAAACCUCCAAAUCUUGUGGGUCCUUUCAAAGUGGAUUAUGAUUUUACACGAACAAUGGAUGAGGUGAAAAAGAAGAUUGAUGUUCCUCUACAGAAGGGAGGACGUUAUAAGCCACCAGACUGUAUCUCACGACACAAGGUGGCAGUCAUCAUCCCAUUUCGAAAUCGACAUGAGCACCUGAAGCAGUGGCUUUAUUUUGUCCAUCCUAUAUUGAUACGACAGCAGUUGGACUACGGUAUUUAUGUUAUCAACCAAUAUGGAGAUGGAGUGUUCAACCGGGCUAAACUGAUGAAUGUAGGCUAUGCUGAGGCAUUGAAGCAAUAUGACUAUAAGUGCUUUGUCUUCUCUGACGUUGACUUGAUUCCUCUUGAUGAUCGCAACAUUUAUCGAUGUUUUGACAAUCCCAGACACUUGUCUGUUGCUGUGGACAAAUUUAACUAUAGGUUACCAUAUAAUACCAUCUUUGGAGGGGUUGCAGCAUUGUCCAAGAGCCAAUUCUUGAAGAUUAAUGGCUUUCCAAACAGUUACUGGGGCUGGGGUGGCGAAGAUGACGAUGUCUAUAAACGAAUUAUCUACCAUGGGAUGUCCCUUUCCAGGCCUGACAUGACAACUGGAAGGUACAAAAUGAUAAAACAUGUAAGAGACAAGCACAAUAAUCCUAAUCCAAAGAAUGCUCUUAAACUGCAGCAGACCAGGUGGACCAUGGAUAAAGAUGGACUUAAUUCCCUCAAAUACACAGUCAAGGAGAUUGUGAAGGAGCCACUGUACACUUUCGUCACUGUGGAUAUUGAAGCUCCGCCAGGCUGA